CAGGAAGCGGAAAGCGGCGGCAGCAGCGACGGCGGCCGCCGCCGGGGAAGGUGGCGGGGGAGCGGCGCGGCGGCGGAGAGUCGGGUCGGUGCCGGCAGCGGCAUGGGACGGCCGCGGCAGGGAGGUCGAUUGUGAGAAGCCAAGCACCUUCCCUCCCCUCCCCUCUGAUCAGAUUCGUUUUAAGUGGAGCUCACGCAGUUUUUGAGGACCAGAUCUCACCGAUGACUGGGAAGCAAAGAGUACCCAGGAAAGCACUUUCACCACGGACUCCACCUCAGGAGCACCAGGAACUCAUCUUCUAAAUAAAAUCUGUGCCCCUUCCGUGCAGACUGGAUGUCUACUGCAAUGGAUACAGAAUCAACAUAUUCGGGAUACUCCCACUACUCAGGUCACUCCAAAAAAGCUCACAGACAAGGGAGCCGGGACAGACACAAAUCUCCCCGAAGCAAAGAUGGCAGUCGGUCUGAGAAAUCCGUCACUAUCCAGACACCUCCUGCAGAGCCACUGCUCGGGAAUGACUCCUCUCGGGCAGAGGAGGGCCAGGAUGACAACUGGGGUGAAACCACAACAGCAAUCACAGGCACCUCUGAGCACAGUAUUUCCCAGGAGGACAUUGCCCGGAUCAGUAAGGAUCUGGAAGACAGCGUCGGGUUGGACUGCAAACGUUACCUGGGCUUAACAGUGGCAGCUGUUCUCGGACUCCUAGUCUUCCUUACCCCCAUUGCCUUCAUUCUGUUGCCCCAGAUCCUGUGGCGAGAUGAUCUGGAGCCGUGUGGUACUGUCUGUGAGGGACUGUUCAUCUCUGUGGCGUUUAAACUCCUCAUUCUCCUGAUUGGGACCUGGGCUCUUUUUUUCCGCCAGCCCAAGGCAGAUCUCCCGAGGGUGUUUGUGUUUCGGGCCCUUCUGCUGGUCCUCAUCUUCCUCUUUGUGUUUUCCUACUGGCUCUUUUACGGCGUUCGCAUCUUGGACUCGAAGGACACCAACUACCAAGGGAUYGUGCAGUACGCCGUGUCUCUGGUGGACGCCCUGCUCUUCAUCCACUACCUGGCCAUUGUGCUGCUGGAGCUGCGGCAGCUGCAGCCCAUGUUCACUGUCAAGGUGGUUCGCUCCACAGAUGGAGAGUCACGAUAUUACAGCUUGGGACACCUGAGCAUCCAGCGAGCUGCCCUGGUGGUUCUGGAAAAUUACUACCGAGAUUUCACAGUCUACAACCCAGCCUUGUUAACAGCCUCCAAAUCUCGAGCAGCCAAGCACAUGGCUGGCCUGAAAGUCUACAAUGUUGAUGGCCCAGGGAAUAACGCAGCAGGGCAGUCCAGGGCCAUGAUCGCGGCCGCCGCUCGGCGCAGGGACUCCAGCCACAACGAGCUCUACUACGAGGAGGCUGACCACGAGCGCCGCGUGAAGAAACGCCGGGCGAGGCUUGUGGUUGCAGUAGAAGAGGCUUUCACUCACAUCAAACGCCUCCAGGCAGAGGAGCAGCAGAAAGCUCCAGGAGAGAUGAUGGACCCCCGAGAAGCAGCCCAGGCAAUCUUCCCCUCCAUGGCACGAGCUCUGCAGAAAUACCUUCGCACCACACGCCAGCAGCAGUACCACAGCAUGGAGAGCAUCUUGCAACACUUGUCCUUCUGCAUCACCAACAACAUGACACCAAAGGCAUUCCUGGAGCGUUACCUCAACCCAGGCCCAACCCUCCAGUAUGACAGGGAUCGYUGGUUCUCCAAGCAGUGGACACUGGUCAGCGAGGAAGCGGUCACAAGCGGGUUACAAGACGGCGUGGUGUUUGUCCUCAAGUGCUUGGACUUCAGCCUUGUUGUUAAUGUGAAAAAAAUCCCCUUCAUCAAACUCUCAGAAGAGUUCAUAGACCCUAAAUCUCAUAAAUUUGUCCUCCGCUUACAGUCUGAGACUUCAGUCUAAGGGAUUUUGAGGGUGGGUUGUUGGGAGAUUUUUAUUUUUUUUUUUUUUUCAAUAUCGUGCUUUUGGGUUUAAUUUCCCCAAUGCUGACUGAAACUGGCAGAUGUUGGACCAGUAAUAUUUGACCAUCUGCACUUUAUUUGGAAAGGGGAGGGGGGAGUUGGGAUAUCUUAUCUAGGAAGAAGUAUCUUAAGAGGCAACAGGGUGACUUGGCUCAGUUAGCUCAGCCUUGGAGACAGAACAGAUUUUUUUCUUUCCCCYUCUUUCCAGGCAUCCUGUAAAUCUCUCACGCUCUCUCUCUGCAUGGCUGCAGCAUCAGAGUUGUUGUUGGAGCUCUGCCUUACACCACGCACGCCUGUGCCCUUGUGUCUCUGCUUUUGCCACCUGUGGCUGCUCCUGAGGGCUCAUUGCUCACCYCUCCCUUACAGAAACCUCCUGGUAUGGAGUGCCACAGUCCCUGCUUGCUCGGAGAGGACAGGAUUAUAUCAAAGGGUGGGGGGCUUGAGGGGGCWGUUAUUCUUUAUUCUUCUCCUCCUCUCCAUGUGCCUGUUCUGUCAGUGCCAGACCUGUAUGGGCAUAAUGGGAUGGUUUCAGUCUUUGUGAAGUUGCUUGUCUUGAACUGCAUCACCCCAUUUGCAGCUCUUCAGUUUUUUGGGGUUUUUUUUGGUUUUUUUUUAUCAGUGCUUGUUAGUGAAAUUGUUYUUCAUGUCACAGCUCCCUGUUAUCUCUCACCUGCUUCCCUCUGUCCUGCUUGUCCGCAUGUUUCUCAGGCACUCCCAAGGCUUCCUGUUUCUGUCCCCUUCUGUCUGGCUUUCUGAAUGUGCUUCUGCAGGCUCUGCUGCUUCCUUCUGCACCUGCACGGGCUGUGUGUUUGCACUGGGACAGGGUCAAUAAGUAGCUGGCUCCUUCUCAGAUAAAUCACAGACCCUCCCUGCAUCUGACAGCCUCUUUGAGGGGAAAGGGGUGCAGGCAGGAAUGUGUCCCUCCCUCUCUAGCCAGCUGGAGAAAAGACUGGCAAAAACACUUCUCUCCUUCAGGAGAGGAGCCAGGAAAGGCUGACCUCUGCCACAUUCACUUGCUGUGCUCUGGAAACACUGCAGUGAGUCCUYCACCACCGUACGCCUUCAGCUGUAGCUAAGAAAUACCAAACAAUGCCUGAAUGUUGAAAAUCUGCCUGCCUUUCUUGGCCUUGCUGUACUGUGGGAGUUUCUGCUCAGCGCUGGGAUCUGCUCCUGUGACAUGCAGUUGUGUUUGUAAGGCUGCCUUUGUCCACCAGUGCAGCUUUCACUUGUGAAUUUAGUGUCACCUGAGUUGGGAAGGUUUGUUUUUAACUUAGAGCCUAAAUUGGUGUCUUUAGUCCAAUUGCCAGCACAGAGCAUGGAGUGACUGGAGCCAGCUGCAAGGCUGGCAGCCACCUGCCUUCAGCCAGGUCCCUGGAGAUCCACGUGAAUGUAAAUGAUCAAUUCAUUCUGCUCAGUCYUUUGCCAUGCAAAUAUCUCGUAUCAGGCAGGAUCUGGCCUGCCCUACAUAUGGAUGUCUUAAGGAAAAAGGCCCAGGUUCCAGCUGUGUGUAAGUCAGUGCCUUUCAUUGCCAGCCUGCACAGUCUUCUGAGGGGGGCUGUGACAGCCCCUCCUGUCCCUUCUGGCCUUUCCCAGCCCUUCCCACUGCAGGUGUGGACUGGCUGGUGCCCACCACAAGCUGGUGGGAGGGAGCAGCCACCUUCAACAAGGAUGCUGGGGACAGGGCAGGAGGGUCCAUCCUCUUCCAGCUUCAGCAGCAGUGGAUAGUCCACUUGGGAUCAAGGGAGCACCCUGGUGAGGGAGGGUCCAAAGUGGUGACUCCCCCUCCAAGUGACACCUGCAGUUUCCUGUACCUUUCUUACAAGCACGUGGUAGCCUCCUGGAUCCUUUUURGUCCAUGUAAUGUGCCAGGUGGGGUUUUAAAGAAACUGGACACAUGGCACAUGACAGGAUUAUGCCCCCUGCCCUUAAAGGAUGRGAAGUAGGUAGUGUUUUCCCUUCUCUGAACUCAGUGUUUGGGGUUUUUUUUUGCAGAUCAGGCUUUCUGAUAGACUGUAUGGGGACUCCUUUAUUGACUGUGGCCUUUGCAGUGUUUUACUUUAGAAAAAUAGGUUGGUUUAUUUCUUCAAAAGAAAAAAAAAAGCAAGGAGAACAUAGAGUAUCUUACACUUGGCUCUCCUCAAAAUGCCUGCAACUGGCUUUUAUGAUGUGCAUAACCAGCAGGGUGGGAGAGACUGGGAGUAGCUUGGGAGACUGURGAGCACGUAAUACCUGUGUGGAGGCUACUGCCUGUGGCUGAAUUGGCUCAUUUCUGUGAAGCCAGAACAAGAACCACCUUGCCAGGGGCUUGGGUGUGCCAUGUAUGUGAGAGCACCUUGUCACAGGCACAUCUGCAAAACUUUUUUACUUUCCCAGGAUUUCCUUCCCUUUCCUUUUCCCUGCUGCCCCGUGAGGAGGGGUUGUCUGACAGUAUUUGCUCAGGAAACUCAUGUCUUAAUCCUUUAACACAUGGAGAACCAGAUGGAAGCGGCGUGUGCUCGAUCUGGGUCUGCUUCUUCAUCUUUGUGUUGUGGUUCAACACUGCCUUUUCUGCCUGCUGCCAAAAAGGACACUGUCAACAGGGGCCAACUCCUACCUUAAAAGCUCUUCCCUGUGUCAGCAGAGUGAAUGCUUUGCYUGAUGAAAUCUGAAGGAGAGGACUCUCUCAAAUGGUCUCUUUAGAGAGGCAACCUGCUUAGAGGUGAYGACAGACUGAAAGGGGAAUCAUGAUUCCUGAAUAUUCCCUGUUUGGGUAUUUUUGGUGACUUUUUUCAGGGUUUCUCUUGCUUCCCUUCUCCAUGCAAAAUCAGGGGACCACUGUGAUACCUACCUCACUGGCAUGUUGUGAGGCUAAAAACUUGUUGUCAAGUGCUUUGAGAUCCGCAGUUGGAUCUGUGGCAUCUGUAGGAAUUCAAACUAUAAAAAAUACUGAGCGGUGAGUGCAGACUGCUUUGUUUAACUCUGUUUAUAGCCAGCUGAUGAGUAAGAAUGGAGUCAGGGAACGAAGCUCUAAUCCAAUUCCUGCAGCCCUUACUUCUGCCGAGCUUGCCAAGAGCUGAGCACAAAUACAACUUGUAGGGUUUGCCAGCCAAGUGCAGGCUGUUCCUCUGAAUGCCUCUCCUAUCCUGCACUGUCUCUUUGCACAUACUUUCCUUCCUCUGUCCUAGKCUGGAUAUUUGUACCUGGUUGGGAAUUGUGGGGGUUUUGUUAGAAUUCAAGUGGUCUUUUAAGACAGCCCUGUUAGUGAUGUAGUGGUUGGUGUCCCCCUUGGAGAUGAUCCUUGCACUGGAAGCUGAACCAUUUGAUAGGGUGYUGUGCUGCCCAGCCAGGAGUGGUGGUGCCCCACUCCUCUCUUCCACGUUGGCACAUUUCCUGUAACUCAAAUAUGCUGCUCGGAUACUUUAAAGGCUUUGGAUUUUUGCUCUCAGAUUUGUUACGGCCUAAAUCCAAAGCUAUGCUGAGAUCUUGCAAAACCAGAUGCAGCUGAGACUUUCUAGUUUUCUGGAGCAGAUKGAAAUGGCUGUGGGUUUCCAUAAAGGCUGUAAAGUGAAGAAUUUGGAUUUCUCACAGCUUCCAGGGGUGUAGGGGCAGAUAACUGCUCUUAACACUUUGCCAGUCCUGUAACUGGGCAUGGACAGAUGUUGUUGUCACAUCUGUUAGUCUUCAUUGCAAUGUGACUUUUGCUGUGGGUGCAGAUUCUGUGAGGCUGCCUUGGGUCUCAGUGUCCUUCCCCACACUUGGCAGCUGAGCAGGCAGCACUCUUGGAAGUGCUGAAGAAGAAGAAUCUGGAAAGAUCCAUAACUUGCUAAACAUGGAAACCUCUUCAAGCCAAUUUCAUCUUGCCCACCAAAACUUGUAACUCUGCCCCUUUCAAAGGUAAAACAAGUGUUCUGCAGCAAUGCUGGAGUCUGGUCCCAUGCUGGCUCCUCACUUGGGCUCAGUGCUGCCCAGCCAUGUGAGAGCCACUCACAAGGUGUGUGUGCAGGUGUUUUCUCAUUCAGCUUGUGUGUGUCUGUGUGCUUUCCCCCUCUAGGUGUGCACAUGAUCCGUGUCUAAAGCCUCAGGCCAGACUUGRUGGUUCGGUGUUUCAGCUGUCGUUAGGAAGGAAGUGCUCUUGGAAUUGAGCUGGUUUUAGAAAACAAGCAAAAAAAAAUAAAAAGUAAAACCCCCCAAAUUUCUGUUCUAAAAGAGAUGGCUUUGGGCCAUGUGGUCUCCUAGAGGAGUGUGCAUCCUCCUGCGUUCAGGCUGCUGCCUCCCAUCGAUGAUGACCAAACGUGUCCGUUUCCAUGGGGGUGGCUUUGGGAUGGUCCCAAGCCAUGUCCCUGCAGUGCCAGCGCCACAUCUGGCAUUAUCCACCCAUCCACAUCCUCCCAGAGACUGCAUUUCUUAUCCUGUAGCACAUGGAACCCUGUGGGCAGCAGRCAGCUGGCCCUGCCCAGGGAGGGAGGGGAUCAUUCCUUCCCUGGGGCUGCUCCCGCAGCCCCUCUCACCAGCGCUGAUGAUUUUUGGGGGAAUCUCUUUUGUGCACAGCAGGGAGGUGCUGUGGCCACGCCUCAACAGGCAUAACUGUGAUGGAAUCCUACACUCUUCUGUGCCUGUUUCUUUGAUUAUUCAGCAUUAUUGUGUCUUGGGGAAGGGGGUGGGAGCAAAGUGCCCUUCCCCCACCCUCCUUUAUCACUGUGUAAUACUUUUUCUACACACAUUGUGUAUAGUAAGAAGGGUUUUGCCAAGGUUUUCUAAUUAAUAGACACUAACCAGCAUUUCAUUCUUUUUUCUCUUCUUUGCACAUGUGACUUUAACUGCAAUGGUACAUGUUUUUACUGUUCUUUUCUAAUUGUGAACUUAACUAAGCAAAUUCCUGGUGUCUGUGACAUUAAUGCACUGUGGGUUUAGCCUUGUAAAUUGUUCUGUUCCAAGCUGGGUUCUCUUAAGUUAUAGCUGGAUGGGGUUUUGUUGUUUUUUAAACUGAAACAUAAAACCGUUUUACACUUUGCAUAUUUUGUACAGUAAAAUUCUGGAAAUAAACUGAAACCAGA